AUGGCCACUUUUGGGAGCUAUAGAAGGAAUGGGAGUGUGACCCGCUGUGGCUCCCGCCAGCCCCCAAAGGCGGGAGGCCACCAUUUCCAAGUUCAGGCCUCUGUGGCAGGUGGUAUGGGCAACAAAUUGCCUGGGGGGAAACUGAAGUCUAAAUUCUUCCUCUUUCGAGGUGAAGGGAUGUUCAGCUGGAUCGAGAGAGUGUUGCCUCAGCCCCCGGGGACCCCCCAGAAGAUCGGGGCAGAGGAGGGGGCAAAACUCGAGCUGGAAGCAGCACCUGCAGAGCUACAGUUGGAGGAGGCCCAGCCGGUGAGGGAAGAGGAGCCGGAGGAGGCUCCAAGGGAACCACCCAGAGGUGCAGAAAUGCCUCCCCAGUGCCAGAGCCCAGAGGUCCCCCAGGAGACUGUGGAGUCGCUGCCUACAUCAGAUUCAGCCCAUGGUCCUCUGGUUCCUGUGAACAGGGCCAGUGGAUGGGUCCUGAGCUUAAUGACAAAGGGGCUGCAGAGGGUGGUCCCACAGCCUCCCCAAACCCUGAUAGUCCAGAACUUGGAAGGCAACGCCAAUGUUCCUGAUGAGGCUGGAGCACAGGCCCUUGGGAAUGAAGAAACAUCAGGUCCAGGGCUGGUGCCAAAUGACAACACUGACAGCCAGGAUAAAGGGGCUGGAAAAAGAGUUAUCAAGUGGCUGGUGCGGGGUUUGGAGAAAGUGCUGCCGCAGCCUCCACCCCAGCUCCUGAAAAUUUCUGAGGCAGCUUGUACUGGGCUUGGAGAAGCAGCUGCCGAGUCAGUAUCAGUUCCCCCACAAGCCCAACCAGAGCCUCAGGCGGAGGAAACAAGGCCCCCACCAGAGAAUCCUACCCCGAUGCCAGCUCCCCCAAAGCCUGAGGCACCAUUCACAAAACAGGAGAGCCUUCCAGAUACCCUGUCUGCCUCCUGCCUUCCUCCUGCAGGGGAUCGUGCCAGGCUGAUGGGAUGGGUCAAGAGGAGACUGGAGAUGGUGAUUCCUCAGCCUGUUCCUCGGGGGAAGGUGAUGCAGGGGUGGAGUCAGUUGGAAGCCUCUGAAACAAACAGAGAAGGGGAGCCUGUCAGUGCCGUUCCCAGGGCACAGGUAGAGUCGGACCUCAUUGUGGAAGACAUAGAUCCUCAUUGGGAAGAGGAAGAAGCAAAGCAAGAAGGCAUGCCCUCCAGCUGUGAGGACCAACCAAGCAAGGAGGCUCCCCUGGUGAAUGAAGUCAGAGAGGAAGCUGGAGGGGAGACACUCAGGGAGCUUCCCAGGAUUCAAGAGGAGAAGCUGGAAGAUGUGCUUGAGGAAGGAAAUGGAGAAGAGGAAGAAGAGGAGGAAGAGGAUGAACUAGAAUUGCAGGCCCUGUGUGGCAUGGAAGAUGUGGCUACAGGUGUUCUGCUGGAUAGCUGUUUGGCGGAUGUCGUGGACUCCAGCUGGAGUGGAGUAGGAGGGAUCGAGAGCCAGGAGUCUUCCCUACAGGUACAAGGCUCCGAGGUCCCUUGUGCCAUGUCUAAGCAAAGUCGAGAUGUGGAGUUAGAUCGCCUGGUCCAAGACAAGCCGCUUAGCCACAGGACCCCCCAUGCUGCUUCCCAAAACAUAGCCGAGCAUCUCCCUAAUGUGCCGAGCUACCGGUACCCCACCACCCGCAUCCCUGUCCUCGUCAACAGGAGGACAGGGGUGUCGAAGCCCAGUUUCGUGAAGGAGGCAAAGAGCUCAGUUCGCCGCUUAGUGCCUGCCACGAGAGAACACCCAGCUGUGAAAGUUGAAGAUGCUGACGCCGAGAGCCGGCCCCUCCAGAUGGAGGAAAAGCCCCCAAGCCCGGUGUUGCUGGCGCCAUCCCCAGCCAAAUCAGAAACCCUCAUGGUGCCUGGCCAGGUUUUGGGAACCACCAGGAAGAAGCUGCCAUCACAGGAUGAGGAGGUGGAGGAACUCAAGGCUCUGUCUCCGGCACAGUCUCCAGUUGUUGCCUGGUCCGGCCCAUCCAGUCCCCAGGGGCAAGAGGCUGCUGAACGUGCUGAGUCCACAGCCAGCCAGAAUAGUGCGAUCAUUAAUGAUCGACUCCAGGAGCUGGUGAAACUAUUCAAGGAACGGACUGAGAAAGUGAAAGAGAAACUCAUCGAUCCUGAUGUUACCUCAGAUGAAGAAAGCCCAAAGCCAUCCCCUGCCAAGAAAGCCCCAGAACCGACACCAGCUCCCAAAGCAGCUGAGGCUGAAAAAGCUGGAGAGGAGGAACAUUACUGCGAGAUGUUGUGUUGCAAGUUCAAACGCCGCCCUUUGAAAAUGUACCGGUUUCCCCAAAGCAUUGACCCCCUCACCAACCUGAUGUAUAUUCUUUGGCUUUUCUUCGUGGUCAUGGCCUGGAACUGGAAUUGCUGGCUGAUUCCUGUCCGAUGGGCUUUUCCGUACGAGACCCCAGAAAACAUACACCUUUGGCUAAUGAUGGAUUAUCUCUGUGACUUCAUCUAUUUCUUAGACAUCACCGUGUUUCAGAUACGCCUGCAGUUUGUCAAAGGAGGAGACAUUAUUACAGACAAAAAGGAGAUGCGGAACAACUACCUGAAGUCUCACCGUUUUAAGAUGGAUAUGCUUUGUCUCCUGCCCCUGGACCUGCUCUAUUUGAAAGUUGGUGUGAAUUCCCUCUUACGAUUGCCCCGCUGCUUAAAGUACAUGGCUUUCUUUGAGUUUAAUAACCGGCUUGAAGCUAUCCUCAGCAAGGCAUAUGUUUACAGAGUUAUAAGAACCACAGCCUAUUUGCUUUAUAGUUUACAUUUGAAUUCAUGUCUGUAUUAUUGGGCAUCAGCCUACCAAGGACUUGGCUCUACUCACUGGGUAUAUGAUGGAGUGGGAAACAGUUACAUUCGAUGCUAUUACUUUGCUGUGAAGACCCUGAUUACCAUCGGGGGACUGCCCGACCCUCAGACUCUCUUUGAAAUCAUUUUCCAGCUUCUGAACUACUUCACGGGGGUCUUUGCUUUCUCUGUGAUGAUUGGACAGAUGAGAGAUGUUGUUGGAGCAGCAACUGCAGGACAAACGUAUUACAGGAGCUGCAUGGACAGUACUGUCAAGUACAUGAAUUUCUACAAAAUCCCCAGAUCGGUUCAGAAUCGUGUUAAGACCUGGUACGAAUAUACAUGGCAUUCUCAAGGCAUGCUGGAUGAAUCUGAGCUGAUGGUGCAGCUUCCGGACAAGAUGCGACUGGAUCUCGCUAUUGAUGUCAACUAUGACAUUGUCAGCAAGGUGGCUCUUUUUCAGGGCUGUGACAGACAAAUGAUUUUUGACAUGCUGAAGAGGCUAAGGUCUGUGGUUUACCUGCCCAAUGACUAUGUAUGCAAGAAGGGAGAAAUUGGAAGAGAAAUGUACAUUAUCCAAGCUGGACAGGUCCAGGUUUUAGGUGGACCAGAUGGCAAAGCUGUUCUCGUGACUCUGAAAGCAGGAUCUGUAUUUGGAGAAAUAAGCUUGUUGGCUGUUGGUGGAGGAAAUCGUCGCACAGCAAACGUAGUGGCUCAUGGGUUUACUAACCUUUUCAUUCUGGAUAAGAAGGACUUGAAUGAAAUUUUGGUUCACUACCCAGAGUCUCAGAAGUUGCUUCGGAAGAAAGCCAGGAGGAUGCUAAGAAAUAACAACAAGCCCAAAGAACAGAAAAGCGUGCUCAUCCUUCCCCCAAGAGCUGGGACUCCCAAACUCUUCUCAGCUGCUUUAGCUGUGGCUGGAAAGAUGGGAGGGAAGGGAGCGGCGAGAGGCGGCAAACUUGCCCAUUUGCGAGCAAGGCUGAAAGAAUUGGCUGCCUUAGAAGCAGCUGCGAAGCAGCAGCAAGAACUGGAGGAGGCCAAGACUUCUGCUGCUCCAGCAGCCCCAGAUCAACCAGAAUCAGCGGCUCCAGAUCAAGUAGAGCCGGCAGCUCCAGAACCAGCAGCUGGACCAGAGACAGUUGCUCCAGACCCACCAGAUGCCCAGCCUCCAUCUUCAUCCUCCCCCAAAAAGUCAGAGGGAGGAGAUGAUGGGGAAGUUGUGUCUGAAUCUACGGAUCACUCUGUCCGGAUUCGCAUGAGCCCUGCCCCGGAGAGUGAUGAACAGAUUCUCUCUGUAGAAAUUCCAGAAAAGAAGGAUGAUGACAAGUGAAAUUCCGCCCACUCUAGUUCCUAGAAGGCCACCACCCAACGUCUGGUCCUCUGAUGUUCCAGCUGGCUACCUGAACUUACCUAUCUAAGCUAGAGAAAUGUUUUUACAAAUUUCAACAGCUUCUAAUUUCCAGUUAGUGGCCACAAACUUCACUAACAAAGCUAUCCUUGAUAGGACUUGGUUUGCCUUCUCUUUGUCCUUGGCUUGCAGGGCUAGUAUCUUAGAAAUGAAGACCAUAACCUCUUUAAGAGAGAUGCAACCCUGUAAAGCUUCUUGGACCUCAGAAAGGAUUCUACUGAUCUCCUCUGCUAUUUCCUUUCCCAUUAAAUACUUGGUCAACACUCUUGCCCCAACAUUUGUUUUUUAUCAAGGGAACCACAGAAUCAUGCUCAUUGAUCUUCUAGCAUCAGUGAUACAUCAGCGACUAUUUUAAUGAAACCAUCCCCAAUAACAGGGCAGCUAGGUAGCACAGU